UCCAGAUGGACUGCUCACAUAUCUUUUUGAUGAGCACUGCUUGUGUCUUGACAUGGAAAUCCUUGAAUCUUAUCCUAGUGGCUACGUAUGCGAUAGAUGCUGGGAGACUUUUUUCAACACCAAGGCUUUUGAACAGUGCUUUACUUUGCAUCAAAAUGAUGCGCACUACAACCAAAUAAGGGCCGAGACCACGACCACUGUCCAUGAAAUAAAAGACGCUGCUUGCAACUGGUGUGCUUAUAUCAGAAAAGAUCGGAUCACCAUAUCUCUUUCACCGAGCACAAUCCCCUCUUGCACGCCUACUGGCAGAAAUAUAUUCUACCUAAGUAUUUCAUGCGAUGCAACAAUGGAAAAAUGGAGAGGAGCACAGGAUCCCGCUUCAGAUUAUGUCACUGCGAGGCGGCUGAGGACAGACACUGAUAUUAAAGAAUGGCUGAAAAACUGCAAGGAGCAUAAGUGCUGCAGAACUUUACAUCUCAUUGAGGUUUGUCCUCCAGGAAGACAACAUGCGCGGGUCUUAGAAUCCAAAGACCUGCGUGACUUUCCGAAAUUAUCUCAUUCCAAUUAUAUAAAAUUCACCGAAGGAUUGGAUGAAGAAACUCUUCCCCCUACUAUUCGUGAUGCUCUUGCAACUACCCGCAAUUUGUCCAUACCGUAUUUGUGGAUCGACGCUCUCUGCAUAAUUCAGGAUUCUGAAGAAGACAAAACGAAAGAAAUCGCACAGAUGAAAGGGAUUUAUGCCUCUUCAGCUGUGACGAUAGUUGCAGCAUCUGCAGAAAGUGUCUCUGCAGGGUUUCUAUAUCCUCGUGUACACCAAGAAACUUAUUACACUAUCCCUGUGCGGCUUCAACCUGGCGUCUUUGGCACUAUAUUUGUUAAUGAACUAGAUGCCGUUUGCUACGAUGAGCGUCUUGAACCAAUCUCAAAACGCGGUUGGACCAUGCAGGAACAACUUUUGAGCAAUUGUAUCCUGAGUUUCACAACACGCACUAUUAUGUGGAGAUGUCGGGCAGGCAUAAAAACCUUUGGUGACUCCUUGUAUUUUCCGCAUGAUCUUGACACAGGCUAUAAUGACCAUGAUGAAAAGUACAGUUUUAAUCUUCACACGUUGCUUCUUAGCCAAGAAGAGGCUUUUUCUAAUAAAGACAAGGCUUUAAGUUGUUGGUUGCGUCUUGUCACUGCGUAUUCAAUCAGAGUUACCAGCCUUGAGCGUGACAGACUAAACGCUCUAGCCGGCCUCGCUUCUCAUCCUUCGUUUUGCCAAGCACUUGGGCCUAGCUACUUUGCUGGGCUGUGGCAAUACAAUCUUACGAGGCAGUUAACAUGGAGAGCCUCAACUUGGCACAGGUCAUUAGCUGAGGAUGAAACCAUUUCAAUUCAAAGGCCAGCGAGGUAUCAGGCUCCUUCUUGGUCAUGGGCGAGCCUCAAAGGGGGCAUCGUACAUUUUGACUUUUCUUACGGCGAAGAGGAUACGAUGCAUAGAGUUAUCUGCGAUAUCCUGGAUUGCUCAACAACGCCAGCAUCUCCAAGACUGAACCCAUUUGGAGAGAUAUUGUCGGCACAGCUGAGGCUUAGAGCCCCUGCUCGAAAGGCCUGGUUCAAACCUUCCACGUCCAAUAUUUUUAUGCUUUCUAAGUAUUCCUGUGAAAGCUCCAAGGUGACGACCCUCGAAAAUGGAAAAGCCAAUCUCGCAGAGGCUUUUCAAACACAUGUGGACGACUUUAAGUUGAGAUACCCCGAUGUGAAUUUGAAUGAGGAGCCUGAGGCUACGCAUGGUGCAGAUUCCCGCAAUAUGUGUGGUAUUUGUGAUGAGACAGCAUACCACGAGUACUAUCUCGUCUUAUGUGUGGCUGUUACUUUCGACGAUGAGAUAAGCGAUGGAGUGCAAGGACUGCUCCUCAUUCAAGAAGAUGAUGAGAGGAGCAUUGCUCAUGCCUUUUAUGUCACAUGA